CGCGGAACAAGAAAAGGUCGAGGAACCGUCCUUAUAUAUAUACACACAUAGGUCAUUGUGAGAAGCCGUAAAACCCUUAAACAGAAAACACAAAAACCCUUUGAGCCUUUGUUUUUACGUAGUUGAUAGCAUAGCAUAAUGGAGAAGAUUCUUGGAGUUGAUGGGUCUGAGAGCAAGAGAAAGACUAAGAUUGUGUGCACUCUGGGACCUUCUUCUCGGUCUGUCGAUAUGUUGGAGAGGCUUUUGAGAGCUGGGAUGAACGUGGCUCGCUUCAACUUCUCUCAUGGCACUCAUGCUUACCAUCAGGAGACUCUUGAUAAUCUCAGGACUGCCAUGAACAACACUGGCAUUCUCUGUGCUGUCAUGUUGGAUACUAAGGGUCCUGAGAUUCGAACCGGAUUUUUGAAGGAAUCCAAACCAAUACAACUCCAACAAGGUCAAGAGAUUACCAUCACUACUGACUAUAGCAUAAAAGGUGAUGAGAAUCUGAUAAGUAUGAGCUACAUGAAGUUGGCUGAGCAUGUGAAGCCACAAAGUGUUAUUCUGUGUGCUGAUGGGACUAUUUCCCUUACUGUUCUGGCUUGUGACAAGGAACAGGGUUUGGUCCGUUGUCGGUGUGAGAACUCUGCUCUUCUUGGUGAGAGGAAGAACGUGAAUCUUCCUGGGGUAGUUGUUGAUCUGCCAACCUUAACUGAGAAAGACAUAGAAGAUAUUUUGGGUUGGGGAGUUCCAAAUAAGAUUGAUAUGAUUGCUUUGUCUUUUGUUCGUAAAGGUUCUGACCUUGCUGAGGCCAGAAAAGUGCUAGGACCACAUGCAAAGAAUAUCAUUCUCAUGUCAAAGGUUGAGAAUCAAGAAGGUGUUGCUAAUUUUGAUGAAAUUCUAGCAAGCUCAGAUGCAUUUAUGGUGGCACGGGGUGACCUGGGAAUGGAAAUUCCAAUUGAAAAGAUAUUCCUAGCUCAGAAAGUGAUGAUAAUGAAGGCCAACAUACUAGGAAAACCAGUGGUGACAGCCACUCAGAUGUUGGAGUCCAUGACCAAAUCUCCCCGCCCUACCCGAGCUGAAGCCACUGAUGUUGCUAAUGCAGUUCUUGAUGGUACUGACUGUGUGAUGCUUAGUGGAGAAACUGCCGCAGGGGCCUAUCCUGAAAUUGCUGUUCAGACCAUGUCUAGAAUUUGUGCAGAGGCAGAGAAUUUUAUAAACUAUGGGGAUCUUUCUAAGAGACUAAUGGAAACUGCACCAAUGCCUAUGAGCCCAAUAGAGAGUCUGGCUUCUUCAGCAGUGAGGACAGCCCAUUCCAUUAAAGCUGCUCUGAUUGUUGUCCUAACCAAAGGAGGCAGCACGGCAAAGCUGGUGGCUAAGUACAGGCCAAGCAUGCCAAUUUUGUCAGUGGUGGUUCCAGAGAUAACAACUGAUUCUUUUGAGUGGUCAUGCAGUGAUGCAGCUCCAGCAAGGCAUAGCCUUAUUUAUCGGGGUCUAAUGCCUGUUUUAAGCGCAGGAUCUGCAAGAGCUUCUAAUGCAGAGUCAACCAAUGAAACCAUAGAGUUGGCCCUCCAACAUGGCAAGGCCAAGGAACUUUGUAAGCCUGGAGACUCAGUUGUGGUGUUGCAUAAAGUAGACACUGCUUCUGUUAUCAAGAUCCUGUCUGUUAAUUGAUAUGUUGUGGGAUUUUUGAGUUAAUGGUCAUCUAAAUUUUGCAGCUCCUAAUUUUGUCAGCUUUUCUUUGAGUUUAUUUAAGGUUAGAACGGUUGUUUUGAGUAUUUACAUUGGAUUUUGGAGAGGAAUAUGAGGGAUUAAUGACUAUAGAUGUUUUGGAUUUUGGUGAGAAUAUUAGAGAUUAAUGAAUUGAUAUUUUAGGUGCACCGCGCCCACAAUUU